AUGGGAUUCACCAGAAAAAAAGACCAGACAAAAGGAAAAAUAUGCAAGGAAAGGAUAAAGUCCUUGGAGUUUGUGGAGGAAGACCGAGAGGCGUACCUUAAUUCCAUGAAAAAAAGGCGGGUGACCGCAAAAAAGAAAAGGCAUCUAAUGCGAGAGGAGGAGAAGAAAGAGGCAAAAAGAGAGAAGCGGAGAGAGCAGAAAAAGAGAGAGCUCGAAAGAGCAGACCUUGCACAGAAGGUUUUAGAGUCCACACAGGGAGAAAAGGAAGAGGUGCGGAUGGUGAUAGGAAGCUCAAUUGUGACAAUCAAGGAGCUGUAG